AUGGCGUAUCAAUUGAACGAUAAGAAAAUGAGACCAUGUGAAUCGGUCAUACCGUCAUUAUCUAAAUCUGAUUGUUGUGUACGAUAUUCAAUUUUACCAUGCUAUCCUAUACGAGACAAUGUUAAAGAAGAAUUGCUACUAUUAGCCAAUGUUCCAUGUUAUCAUUUGAGUCGACAAGAUAUGAAACAACGCGGUACGUAUGGGUACCAUCAGCCAACAAUGACAAGACCGAUUAAUGAUCAUGAAAGAAGACUGUUUUUUUUGAGUCGUUUAUGGAAUAUCAGUGUAGAGAUUUUAGAAUUUAAUUUUACACGACUCAAGACAUUUGCCAAUCGACUAGCCAUAGAUCGAAUGCAACGUUUUUCAACAUCAUGGUAUCAAGAAUAUCUUCACGACGAUGAAUAUUCUAUAGCAUUGGAAUUUUAUCUUCAAAUCGAUAAAGAUCUCUUUUAUAUGAAGACAUGUUCGUAUCGUGGAGCACAAUCCAUCCAUGACAAUUUACAUAAGAGUAUUUUCUGUUCGAAUGAACCUCAAGCUCGAUAUGGUAUUAUACCAUGUCAUCAACGCUCGUGCUAUCUAUGUUAUCCAUCUUAUCGUACACAUCAACCUAUCGUUCCAUUUGAAAUUCAUCAACAACAUAUAUUUAUCAACGGUUAUCGAUCGAUUCUUAAUUGUCCAGCAACUUGUACGACAAAGAAUAUUAUCUAUGUUCUAACAUGUCCAUGUAAUAAGGUCGAUUAUAUUGGUGAAACAAGUUUAUCAUUAGCUGAUCGUCUCACAUAUCAUCAAGCCCAUGGAAAUCGUAUCAUACAAGAAUUUCUUCUAGGCAAACAAAAUACAUCUCGUAUUCGAAAUCAAAUCAAAUCAGCCGAAACUUUAGUAAAAAAUGGUAUGAAACUCUAUCAACAUUCGGCACAUUGUCCAUUAGCUCUUCAAUGGUUUCUUGAUGAAAAUCCAGAGUAUUGGCCAUUUGUUCCAAAGAAACUCAGCGAAGCAGAAGAACAAGAAGAAGAAAAAGAAAUCGUAUAUUCAACGAGAGACACACAACAAUUUACUUAUGCCAAUGAUGUACCUACAUCGCCCAACCAUUAUCACUUUAGUCUUGAACAAAAACUAGAAAUCGAACAAUUUUUUCAUGAAAAGAAAUACUUGAAGUCACCGAAUCUUCGUCUUGAUUUGUAUCGAGCAAAUAUUAUUGCUGUCUUACCAAACAAUGCAUCAGAUACUUUAAGACGAUUGAUUGAAGCUUUAUUUAUUACACAUACUGAAACGAAACUCAAUACAAUUGGUCAUUUAGAUCGACUUGUAUCGUCGAAAGAAAUCAACACCACUUCAUUCGUCGAAUACGAUAUUUGGUGUGAAGAUUUGAUUCGUCCAAAAUUUUAA